AUGAAAACAGAGGAGCCCCCGGGGGCCCCGGGGGUCCAGAGGUCUUUGGAGGCUUUGGGGGGCCCCCAGGGGCCCCCGGGGGGCCCCCAGGGGCCCCCCGGGCCUUGGGGGGCCCCCCAGGGGCCCCCGGGGCUUUGGGGGGGCCCUCAGGGGCCCCCAGGGGGCCCCCUGAGGCUUUUAGGGUAUCAUCGCCAUGUUGUGUCUUAUACACUUGCUGCUAACCAUCCACAUUAUCCUGAGACGCGCAGCGGGUGCCCAGACUCAUAUGUUACAAUUGCGUACGGCGACCGUUGUCUACCGCGGCUGCUGCACCAAAUUAAAGAAGCAACUAGCAGCAGCAGCAGCAGCAGCGACAGCAGCAGCAGCAGCAACUGCAGCAGCAGCAGCAGCAGCAGCAGCCUUGAGUUGCUGGAGGCGCUGCUGUGCCUUGAAGAACGGCUCUCCAACCCUGAGCAGCUGCUGGCUGCUGUGGAUCUGGCUGCGGUGUCUGUGUUGGAGCCGCUGCUGCUGCGCAGCGCGGGCAAAUGGGCUCUUGAAAGAAAUGAAAAAGAAAAUAAAAAUAAAAAAGAAAAUAAAAACAAAAAAGAAGGAAAAAAAAAUAAAAAUAUAAAUUCAAACUUUUCAAUUCUGAGACAAACGCCGCUGCAGCGGGCCAGGUGGCUUUACCUGGCGGGCGCCAACGCCCGCUCUCCUGCUGCAGCAGCAGCUGCUGCUGCUGCUGCUGCAGCAGAGGAGGAGGCGACAGCCGCAGCAGCGGCCGCCGCUGCUGCGGCUGCUGCAGCAACAGAGGAGGAAGUAACAGCCGCCGCAGCAGCGGCAGCUGCAGCAGCAAACGAUGAAGCCACAGGUGCAGCAGCAGCAGCAGCAGCAGCGCAGGCAGCAGAAACAGCAGCAGCUGCUACAGAGCCAGCAGGGGCAGCAGCAGAAGUAGAAGCGGCAGAAGCAACACAAACAUCAGCAGAAGCAGCACCACGAAAAUUCGCAGCAGCGGCACCGGGCACCAAAGCAGCAGCAGCAAUCGCAGCAGCAGCAGCAGCAGCAGCAGUAGCACCAGAUCCCGAGGAGCUCGCGAGAGAAAUUGAAGCUGCUGUGCUGCGGCUGUACAUUCUGCUGAGCCAGCGUGCUGCUGCUCGCAGCCAAAUGGAGGCAGCAAAUCUCAUUUGCUGCUUCGGCACCAUUAUGAUUAGCCACAGAGAUGAGAACUUGAGGUCUCUCGCGGCGCAGCUGCUGGCCUCUCUGAGCAGCGAGGCUGACGGCGGCGCCGUCCUGUCGGCUGCAGGUGGAGUACCAGCAGCAAGGCAGCGCAUGGUCAGCAGCAGUAUAGUGCCUGCUGCAGCUCGGCUGCUGCAGCAGCUUGCUGCUGAGCUAGAGUGCCUUAAGGAAGACCCACCUGUUGCUGCGUCUGCUGCUGCUGCUGCUGCUGCUGCUGCUGCUGCUGCUGCUGCGUCUCUUGAAGGCAUGCUGCGCCCAAGUCCGCUGCCGCAUCUGACGCUGGCGCUGGAGACAGCCACAAUAUGCAAGAACAGCAAAGUUAGCAGCAGCAGAAGAGGUGGGUUGAAGCAGCAGCAGCAGCAGCAGCAGGGCUGGCUGCAGCAGGGGCAACAGCAGCAACAACGCGAGCAGCAGCAACAGCGCCAGUUGCUGCUGCCACAGCACCAGCGGCAGCAGCAGCAGGAAAUGGUGUUGCUGCUGCUCCUGCUGCAUUGGGGGUAUGAAACAAUCCGGUUUCCUCUGCUGCUGCUGCUGCUGCUGCUGCUGCUGGCAGCAGCUUGGAGCGGCUUUGAGAGCUGCUGCUCAGCUGCCUGUAAAUCCCUUUCGCUGCUGCCUGCAGCUUGUUGCUGCCAGCUGUACAUACACCCGAAUUUGCUGGGCCCGAGGAGCCCCAGAUGCUCUUUGCCUAUUAUGCCGCAUCAGCAGCAGCCAGGAAGGAGCAGCAGCACUAGCAGCAAACCAAGAAUUCAAACAGGCAAGCAGCAGCAGCAGCAGCAGCAGCGAAGGAGCAGCAACAGCAGCAGCAGCAGCAAAUUUAGGAGCACGUGCAGCGGUAGCAGUAGCAGCAGUAGGUUUAGAUGCACUCACAGGUGCAGGGGUAGCAGCUACGGCAGCAGCAGCAGCAACAGUAGAUGCAGCAACAGCAGCAGCAGCAGCAGCAGCAGUAGGAUGCUCGAUUGUUACGAAGGUCUGCUGCUGCUGUCUCAGCUGCUACCUCUGCUGCUGUCGGAGCCCACGAAGCAGCAGCAGCGCGAGUACGAGCUGCAGAAGCAGCUGCAAGUGCAGCAGCAGCAGCAGGAGCAACAGCAGCAGCAGCAGCAGCUGCUGCUGCUUCCACUGGUGUUGGGCGCUGCUGCUGCGGGGCCUGCUGCUGCUGCGCUUGCUGAAGCCCUGAAGCACAUGCAGCAGCGCAGCAAAGAAAUUCAGCAGCAAGAAGCUGAUGAGCCAAUAGAGAAUUGGCUGCAGUUUCUUUUUGAAACAGAUCAGCAGCAGCAAGCUGCUGCAGCAGAAGCCCUACAGGCUUUAGCUCUACUGCACAUUGUGCUGCAGCAGCAGCCGCCGCAGCAGCAGCAGCAACAACAACAGCAGCGGCAGCAGCAGCAGCAGGAAGUGCUGCUGUUGAGAGACGCUGAUGGGUUGCGGGUGAGCUGA